AUGGAGAUGCGUGCGUUUCAAGUCGUCGUCGCGGCGACGGUGGAUGGGGGGAUCGGGAAGGAUAACGGUCUGCCGUGGAAGCUGACGAAGGACAUGGGGCAUUUUAAAAAGUUGACGAGCGAGACGCGAGACGCGAACGCGGUGAACGCCGUGGUCAUGGGACGGAAGACGUGGGAGUCGAUUCCGGCGAAAUUUAGGCCGCUACCGGGACGGUUGAACGUCGUGCUGAGUCGGAGCGGGGUGCUCGCGGAGGCGAACGACGAGAACAAUAACGGAGCGGAGACGCUGCCGGAGGGCGUGCUCGUCCGGAAGACGAUUGACGACGCGUUGAGCGCCAUCUCUUCGAGCGAGAAGCGGGUGGAGAAGACGUUCGUCAUUGGUGGCGCGCAGAUUUACGAGGAAGCGCUCAAGAGCGAGCGAUGCGAGGCGGUGCACUUGACCGAGGUGGAGGGCGACUUUGAGUGCGACGUUUUCAUCCCGAAAAUCGACGCCGACAAGUUCAAGCUCUACGGCCAGUCCAAACCGAUCACGGAGAACGGCGCACGAUACCAGUUUUUGACGUACGUCACCAAGGAUUCGGAGAGUGGCAAGUUCCGCCCCAUCGCGGGCGAGCUCCUCCCGGCGGGUUGCGACGUGAAGCACGAGGAGCAUCAAUACUUGGACAUGAUUAGAGAAAUCAUCGACCAAGGAGCGGUGAAGGGAGAUCGCACCGGUACAGGUACGAUUUCUACCUUCGGCAACCAGAUGCGAUUCGAUCUGCGUCGCUCGUUCCCGCUCUUGACGACCAAGCGUGUUUUCUGGCGAGGCGUCGCCGAGGAGCUGUUAUGGUUCGUGGCGGGCGAGACCAAUGCGAACAAGUUGGCAGAGAAGAAGAUCAACAUCUGGGACGGCAACGGAAGCCGAGAGUAUUUGGACUCCAUCGGGUUGACCGAGCGCGAGGUGGGUGAUCUCGGCCCCGUUUACGGUUUCCAAUGGAGACACUUUGGCGCCGAAUACACGAACAUGCACGCCGACUACACGGGCAAGGGCGUUGAUCAAUUGGCCGAGGUUAUCAACAAGAUCAAGAAUAAUCCGACCGAUCGUCGCAUCUUACUUACAGCAUGGAAUCCGGCAGCGCUAAAGGAAAUGGCUCUGCCGCCGUGCCACAUGUUCUGCCAGUUCUACGUCGCCAACGGCGAAUUGAGCUGCCAAAUGUACCAGCGCUCGUGCGACAUGGGUCUCGGCGUCCCGUUCAACAUCGCGUCGUACUCCCUGCUCACCUGCAUGAUCGCGCAAGUGUGCGACCUCAAGCCUGGCGAUUUCGUCCACGUUUGUGGAGACACGCACGUGUACUCAAACCAUGUCGAACCGCUGAAGAAGCAACUCACAUGCGAGCCGCGGCCGUUCCCAAUUUUGAAGAUCAACCCGGAGAAAAAGGAUAUCGAUUCCUUCACCUUCGACGACUUCGAGAUCAUUGGAUACGAUCCUCAUCCCAAGAUCGAGAUGAAGAUGGCCGUCUAA